CUCUCUCCCCUCUCUCUCUCUCUCUCUCUCUCUCUCUCUCUGAAAAAUGCCGAGCAAGUGCGAAAUCUUCUGCGAGAUCUUGAUUGCGAUCCUUCUUCCUCCUCUUGGAGUCUGCCUUCGCCAUGGAUGCUGCACUGUCGAGUUCGUGAUCUGCCUGCUGUUGACAUGCUUAGGCUACGUCCCUGGAAUCAUAUACGCACUCUACACCAUCGUGUUUGUGGACCGCGACGAGUUCUUCGAUGAAUACAGGCGCCCCCUCUAUUACGCAUGAUCUCCCCCUUUGUUCUUAUCAGCAUCCUCCACUUUGAUGAUGAUGCAUGAUAUGUACGAUACGAUGUGAUCUCCAUCUAUGUAAUAACAUGGAAAUGAUGCUUUCAUUCCCUUCUCGUGAUCAUAUUCUUCUUGCCCUUUGGGAUUGGAUUUAAUUAUUAAUCCUCUUUCUAUGA